AGCCCAUCAGCCCAACACAUUUUCCUUUGUCCGGCUUUGGAAGGAAGCCAUUGAUAAAGCUAAAAGCCCCCUCUUUUCUUCCUCCCCAGCAUAGAAUUUCUCGAGAAAAAGCCCACACACACACACACACAACACACACAAUUUCUAUAUUCAUUCUUUCUGCAGUCUCGAACAUUCUGACUGGGUGUUCUCAUUCCUUUCUCUCCGCACCUGUAAUCGCAACUUGCUGCACUAUAUGCUUCCCAGAAAGAGACCAGGGGAAGGCGAGGCUGUAAACGAACCCGAUUCCCAGAACUCUGUUAAGAAGCAUCGGAUUAUUUCCUCCGCAGAGAGCGAGAAUACCGGGGAGACCGCUACACUCGGCGUGGGAGAUAGUUUCAGUAAGAGAAGCACAGACUGUGAGGAAGCCACGAUUACCGAAAUGGCCUUCGAUAAUGGAACUCCGUGCGAUAUCGAUGAGGAUUUGCACAGUCGGCAGCUUGCAGUUUAUGGGAGGGAGACGAUGAGGCGGCUUUUUGCGUCUAACGUUCUUGUGUCUGGAAUGCAGGGCCUUGGGGUUGAGAUUGCGAAGAACCUUAUUCUUGCUGGAGUAAAGUCUGUGACGUUGCAUGAUGAAGGGACGGUGGAGAUGUGGGAUAUGUCUAGUAACUUUGUUUUCUCGGAAAAGGAUUUGGGUAAGAACAGGGCACUCGCUUCAAUUCAGAAGCUACAAGAACUCAAUAAUGCUGUAGCUAUCUCGACUUUGACUACAAAGUUGACUAAAGAACAACUUUCUGACUUCCAGGCUGUGGUUUUUACUGACAUCAAUUUGGAGAGUGCCAUUGAGUUCAAUGACUACUGUCACAACCACAAGCCUCCUAUUGCUUUCAUUAAGGCAGAAGUGAGAGGCCUUUUUGGUAGUACUUUUUGUGAUUUCGGACCUGAGUUCACAGUCUUUGAUGUCGAUGGCAAUGAGCCUCAUACGGGCAUCAUUGCAUCUAUUGGUAAUGACAACCCUGCUCUUGUGUCAUGUGUGGAUGAUGAAAGGCUGGAGUUUGAGGAUGGGGAUCUGGUUGUGUUCUCAGAAAUUCGGGGAAUGACAGAACUGAAUGAUGGAAAGCCAAGAAAGAUUAAAAAUGCACGGCCCUACUCUUUCACCCUUGAGGAAGAUACAACUAACUUUGGUGCAUAUGAGAGAGGUGGAAUCGUAACUCAGGUUAAGCAGCCGAAGGUUUUGAAGUUCAAGCCACUGAGGGAAGCCAUCAAAGAUCCCGGUGAUUUCCUUCUUUCUGAUUUUUCUAAGUUUGACAGACCGCCUCUCUUGCAUUUGGCAUUUCAAUCGCUAGAUAAGUUUGUGGCUGAGUUGGGGCGCUUCCCGGUUGCUGGUUCUGAAGAGGACGCUCAAAAGUUGAUAUCUAUAACCACUGAUCUUAAUGAGAGCUUAGGUGAAGGAAAACUGGAUGACAUUAAUCCAAAACUUCUGCGACACUUUGCUUUUGGGGCCCGAGCUGUACUCAAUCCUAUGGCUGCCAUGUUUGGUGGCAUUGUGGGGCAGGAGGUUAUGAAAGCAUGCUCUGGGAAGUUUCAUCCUCUUUUUCAGUUCUUCUACUUUGACUCAGUAGAGUCACUUCCUACCGAGCCGUUAGAUCCCAGUGAUUUCAAACCAUUGAAUAGCCGUUAUGAUGCCCAGAUUUCUGUGUUUGGGUCUAAGCUUCAAAAGAAGCUAGAAGAUGCAAUAGUGUUUGUCGUUGGAUCUGGUGCUCUCGGCUGCGAGUUUCUGAAGAAUUUGGCUCUAAUGGGAGUUUCAUGUGGAAAACACGGGAAGUUGACUAUUACCGAUGAUGACGUAAUAGAGAAGAGUAACCUAAGCAGGCAAUUCCUAUUCCGAGAUUGGAACAUAGGACAACCAAAAUCCACUGUAGCUGCUUCUGCUGCUUCGUCAAUAAAUCCUCUUAUGCACAUCGAAGCUUUGCAGAAUCGAGUGGGCACCGAGACAGAGAGCGUUUUUCAUGAUGCCUUUUGGGAGAAUCUCAAUGUUGUCAUUAACGCACUCGACAAUGUAAAUGCCAGGCUUUAUGUCGACCAGAGAUGUUUGUAUUUCCAAAAACCACUUCUCGAGUCUGGAACAUUAGGUGCCAAAUGCAACACUCAAAUGGUUAUUCCUCAUCUCACAGAAAAUUACGGUGCUUCGCGCGAUCCGCCAGAGAAACAAGCGCCCAUGUGUACUGUGCACUCUUUCCCACACAAUAUUGACCACUGCUUGACUUGGGCCAGAUCGGAAUUCGAAGGCUUGCUCGAAAAAACACCCGCUGAAGCAAAUGCUUAUCUCUCUAACCCUAGUGAGUACACAUCUGCAAUGAGAAGUGCCGGCGAUGCUCAAGCCAGAGACAAUUUGGAACGUGUAAUCGAGUGCCUUGAUAGUGAGCGAUGUGAAUCGUUCCAAGAUUGUAUUACAUGGGCUCGUCUAAAGUUUGAAGAUUACUUCUCAAACAGGGUGAAGCAGUUGACUUAUACCUUUCCUGAAGAUGCUGCAACGAGUACCGGUGCACCUUUCUGGUCAGCCCCAAAGCGGUUCCCUCGUGCCGUGCAGUUCGAGACCAGUGAUAGCAGCCAUCUUCAUUUUAUAAUGGCUGCAUCCAUACUGAGAGCAGAGACAUUUGGCAUCCCUAUACCUGACUGGGUAAAGAACCCUAAGAAAUUGGCCGAGGCCAUUGAUAAAAUCAUUGUCCCUGAUUUUAAACCUAAAGCAGACGUGAAAAUUGUUACGGAUGAGAGAGCUACUACUCUCGCUACCGCUUCCGUGGAUGAUGCUGAUGUUAUUAAUCAAUUAAUUUCGAAGCUGGAGCAGUAUCGGAAGAAUAUACCAUCAGACUUCAGGAUGAAACCAAUUCAGUUUGAAAAGGACGACGACACAAACUACCACAUGGACAUGAUAGCGGCACUGGCAAACAUGAGGGCAAGAAACUACAGCAUCCCCGAAGUUGACAAGCUUCAGGCCAAACUCAUCGCAGGUAGAAUCAUUCCAGCCAUCGCAACCGCCACUGCAAUGGCGACCGGUCUGGUCUGCCUCGAUCUCUACAAAGUAAUCGACGGGUCCCACAAAUUAGAAGACUAUCGCAACACGUUCGCCAACCUGGCCCUUCCCUUAUUCUCCAUCGCCGAACCGGUGGGCCCCAAAGUCAUCAAGCACCAGAAUCUGAGCUGGACUGUGUGGGACCGCUGGAUCAUUAAAAACAAUCCGACUUUAAGGGAGCUACUCCAAUGGCUAUCCGACAAGGGGCUCAAUGCUUACAGCAUUUCUUUCGGGAGCUGUUUGCUGUACAAUAGCAUGUUUCCUAGGCAUAAGGAGAGAAUGGACAAGACGAUGGCUGACCUGGCGAGGGAUGUGGCUAAGGUGGAGCUUCCACCGUACCGUAAUCACUUGGAUGUUGUGGUCGCGUGCGAGGAUGACGAUGAUAAUGAUGUUGAUAUUCCUCAGGUGUCGGUUUAUUUCCGUUGAAAUGUUUUUCUUUAAUGUUUGGAUAAAUUAAUAGACGGGAUUUUCUUAUAUUUUCCGUCCCCCCCUUUUUUCAUUAUUAGUGUUUCGGUAACUUUUCGAAAGAUUGUUGUUUUGUAAGCACUUUGAUAUGUUUGUUGUUGUCUGUUAUUGUUAUACUUGUGAUGGAUUAACAUAUUUGGGGGCAGUGUUUGUUGUUUGUUCUUCUGUGUUCUUA